AUGAACGCCGCCACCCUCCUCACCAACGCUCUCUCGGAAGACGCCGCGACGCGUCAGUCGGCCGAGCAGCAGCUCGAGGCCGCCCAGAGGGACAACUUUCCCGCAUACCUCCAAACCCUCGCUACUGAACUUGCCAACGAGCAGGCACUUCCUCACAUUCGCAACUCUGCAGGCCUUGCGUUCAAGAACGCCCUCUCGGCACGUGGUCCAACUGGUGGCUCACACCCUGUCCAGGAUGCCGUCAACCAGCCCGCGCUCUCGGAGCGCUGGAUGGCCCUCCCCGAAGACGUCCGCGCGCCCCUCAAGCACUUGCUGCUCCAGACUCUCGCGUCGCCCGUAAAGGUCGCCGCGUCCGUCGCCGCCCAGUGUGUCGCCGCCGGCGCCGCUAUCGAGCUCCCCCACGGCGGGUGGCCCGAGCUCAUUGGCCAGCUCCUCGAGUUUGUCCAGAACCAGGAGAACACUGGUGCCCGUAUCGCCACUCUCCAGACCAUUGGUUACGUCUGCGAGGUUGUUCAACCCCAGUACCUCUCGGCGCGCUCGAACGAGAUUCUGACUGCCGUCGUCCAGGGCGCCCGCAAGGAGGAGCCCAGCGCCGAGGUCCAGGCCGCCGCUAUCAACGCUCUCUACAACUCGCUCGAGUUCAUCCGCGACAACUUUGAGCGCGAGGGCGAGCGCAACUACAUCAUGCAGGUCGUGUGCGAGGCUACCCAGAGCUCGUCCGUCGCCGUCCAGGUCGUUGCGUUCGAGUGUCUUGUCCGCAUCAUGAGCUUGUACUACGAGAACAUGGAGUUCUACAUGGAGCGUGCUCUCUUUGGCCUUACCAUCAUGGGUAUGAGGCACGCCGAGGAGCCUGUCGCUCUCCAGGCCAUCGAGUUCUGGGCGACUGUCUGCGACGAGGAGACCAACAUCGAGAUCGAGGCUCAGGAGGCCAUCUCGUACGGUGAGGAGCCCGCCAUCGAGUCCAAGCACUUUGCCAAGCUCGCCCUCAACGAGAUCCUCCCUGUCCUGCUCGAGCUUCUCUCGCAGCAGGAGGAGGACGCUGACGAGGACGACUGGACCAAGUCCAUGGCCGCCGCCUCGUGUCUCGAGCUCCUUGCUCAGAACCUCGGUGACGCCAUUGUCCAGCCCGUUGUCCCCUUCGUCGAGGCCGGCAUCCGUCGUCCCGAGUGGCAGCACCGUGAGGCCGCCGUCAUGGCCUUUGGCUGUAUCCUCGAGGGCCCCGACUCGGCCACCCUUUCGCCGCUUGUCACCCAGGCCCUCAGCGCCCUUAUCGGCAUGCUCCAGAGCGACCCCGACCUUCACGUCCGUGACUCGGUUGCUUGGACUCUGUCCAAGAUCACCGAGCUCAUGCUCGAUGUUGUGGACCCCAGCAUGCACCUCCAGAACCUCGUGACCGCCCUCGUCAUGGGUCUCGGCAGCUCGGGGCGCAUCGUCAACUCGUGCUGCUCGGCCCUCAACAACCUCGUCUCGCAGCUUCUUCCCCAGGACGGCCUCGGCGACGACCCCCAGUCGUCGCCCAUGUCGGUCUACUACGAAGGUAUCUUCAAGGCCCUCAUCCCCGUCUCGGAGAAGUCCAACAACGAGAACAACUGCCGUUCCGCUGCCUACCAGACCAUGGCCACCUUUGUGCAGUUCUCGGCUCUCGACACUCUCCCCAUUGUCGAGCAGGUCGCCGCCGCCAUGCUCGCUCGCCAGGAGACCCUCAUCGGCCUCCAGAACCAGCUCCUUGGCAUGGACGACCGCAACAACUGGAACGACCUGCAGAUCAACAUUUGCGUCGUCAUCCAGUCGUUCAUCCACAAGUCGCCCGCCCUCGUCUCCGCCUACGCCGACCGCAUCAUGACCAACCUCCUCACCGUCAUCUCGACCUCGGCCAAGCACGGCGGUGUGCUCGAGGACACCUUCGCUACCGUCGGCGCUCUCGCCUCGGCCCAGGAGGGUAGCUUUAUCAAGUACAUGGAGGCCUUUGCCCCCUUCCUCUUCCAGGCCCUCGCCGCCUUUGAGGACUACCAGGUCGUCCAGGCCGCCGUUUACUGUGUGUCGGACAUUUCGCGUGCCGUCGGCGAGGCUCUUGCCCCUUACGCGGAGCGCAUCAUGGUCGCUCUCAUCGACAUUCUCCGCAGCCCCCAGAUUCACCGCCAGGUCAAGCCCACUGCCAUCACCGCUAUCGGUGAGGUUGCCCUCGCUGUUGGCGGCGCCUUUGUCCCUUACCUCGAGACCACCAUGAACAUUCUCAGCCAGGCUGGCUCGACCUCGGCCUCCGCCAACGACCUCGCCCUCAACGAGUUUGUUUGGACCAUGCGCGAGGCCAUUGUCGACGCUUUCAUUGGCAUCAUGAACGGUCUCAAGGCCGCGGACCCCACUCCCUUCCUCCAGUUUGUUCCUGGAAUCCUCGGCUUCCUCCGCACCUGCCUCGCCGAGGAGGACCGCACCGAGGAGUUUGUCACCUCGUCGCUUGGUCUUAUUGGCGACUUUGGCGACACCUACAAGGCUGCCGUCCGGGACGAGCUCAACGCCGAGUGGAUCCAGACUGCCAUCCAGAUCGGCCGCCAGCGUGGUGCCUCCAAGCACUCGCGCACCAACGCCGCCUACGCGCAGAAGACCAUCAGGGACCUGUCCAAGUAA